AUGAAAAUUUAUCUAUCACUCCCUCUGUGUGUGUGUGUGUUUCCCAUUCUGCACUGUCUUGUCUUUUUUUCUGCACUUUUCUGCCAUUCUCCACUUUUCUCUUUUCCCAUUUCAUUCUACUUUUCUCGUCUCUUUUCCCAUUCUCCACUUUUCUAUAAACAUUUUCCCAUUCUCCACUUUUCUUUAUCUAUCUUUUUUUAUUCUCCACUUUUCUCGUCCCUUUUCCCAUUCUCCACUUUUUCUCGUCCCUUUUCCCAUUCUCCAUUUUUUCUCGUCUCUUUUCCCAUUCUCCACUUUUCAUCAUCUAUUUUUUCCCAUUCUCCACUUUUCUCGUCCUUUUCCCAUUCUCCCUUUUCUUUCACAAAAUUCUUUUCCCAUUCUCCACUUUUAAAAAUCUUUUCCCAUUCUCCACUUUUCUCGUCUCUUUUCCCAUUCUCCAUUUUCUCGUCUCUUUUUCCCAUUCUCCACUUUUCUAUUCUCUUUUUUUCCCAUUCUCCACUUUUCUCGUCUCUUUUCCCAUUCUCCACUUUUCUCGUCUCUUUUCCCAUUCUCCACUUUUCUCGUCUCUUUUCCCAUUCUCCACUUUUCUCGUCUCUUUUCCCAUUCUCCACUUUUCUCGUCUCUUUUCCCAUUCUCCAUUUCUUUUGUCUCUUUUACCAUUCUUCCUUUUCUUUAUUCUUCCACCCUUUCAUAAUUUUUCUUCUUUCUUAUUUCUCUUUUCUCUCUCUCUUAUCUAAUCAACCUUACCUGCAUUCUACAAGAAAUGAGGGUGUUGUGUAA